CCCGCCUGAACGACCCAUUGGCCACGCCUAUUACGGAAGCGCCGCCGGCAGUUGCACAGAGAGGCGCGCGGCGUGGCCUGGCUUGGCUGUUGUCGGCUCCUGGCAUUUGGGCGCAGGUGGUCGUUCGAAGUGAUCGCAGUCCAGCUUGAAGCACCGCUGAUUUCGGGUCUUCACGUGUGUCGCUCUUCAUGGAGGUCUGCCGGUGUUCCAGGGGCCUGCUCUGCAGGCUGCCAAGGGCCUUUUCCCACGUGCCUCGGGUUCGCCAUCAUCACGAGCCAUCGAGGCGGAUCCUCGCUUCCCGACUUUUCCAGCCCGUGAACUUAGAGGAGAGGGAGCUGGGCAAGGAGGGCCAGCAGAGCGAGCUGAGCUGCCGGAGCCAGCGGCUGAUGUUGCAGGCCGGCCUGAUCUUCCCUUCCAGCCCUGGCUGCUACUACUACUUGCCUUACACGGUGCGAGCCAUGGAGAAGCUCGUCCGUCUGAUCGACGAGGAGAUGCACUUGAUUGGCGGCCAGAAGCUCAACAUGCCCAGCCUGAGCGUGGCAGACUUGUGGAAGAGAAGUGAGCGCUGGAACUCGAUGGGGAGGGAGCUGUUCCGCCUCAAGGACCGCCACGACGCCGACUACUGCUUGGGGCCGACACACGAGGAGAUGGUCACUGAGCUCAUAGCUUCUCAGGGGAGCUUGUCUUAUAAGCAGUUACCGCUUCUGCUCUACCAGAUCACCAGGAAAUUCCGCGACGAACCCAAGCCACGCUUCGGGCUGCUCCGCGGCCGGGAAUUCUACAUGAAGGACAUGUACACCUUUGACGUUUCCGAGGAGGCGGCCCAGCAGACUUACCAGACGGUGUGCCAGGCCUACAGCAGACUCUUCUCGCGGCUGGGACUCGGGGUGGUGAAGGUGCAGGCGGACACGGGCAGCAUUGGCGGGACGCAGUCCCACGAGUUCCAGCUGCCGGCGGAUGUCGGGGAGGACACGCUGCUGACGUGUUUGGACUGUGGCUUUGCGGCCAACGUUGAGACCGUGCCCCCUGGGCAGAAGAACUGUCCGAGCUGCCACGGGACCCUCUCCCAGAGCAAAGGAAUUGAGGUGGGGCACACCUUCUGCUUGGGUACCAAAUAUUCCUACAUUUUCAGCGCCUCCUUCAGAUCGGCACACAAUAAGCCCGUCAUCUUGGAAAUGGGCUGCUUCGGCCUCGGCGUGUCUCGGAUCCUGGCUGCCUCCGUUGAAGUUUUGUCCGCGGAGGAUGGUAUCCGCUGGCCGAGUCUCAUCGCCCCCUACCAAGUCUGUAUCAUUCCCCCAAAAAGGGGCAGCAAGGAGGAGGCGGCCACCGGGUUGGCAGAGGCGCUGUAUGACAAGCUGACGAGCUCCGUGCCCGGCCUGCGAGGAGAGGUGCUGCUUGACGACAGGACUCAGCUGACCAUCGGUAAGAGACUGAAGGAUGCCAGCAAGCUGGGCUACCCCUUUGUGCUCGUCGCCGGCCAGAGGGCACUGGAGGAGCCCGCUCGCUUUGAGGUCUGCUGCCAGAACAGCGGGCAGACCCUGUUCCUCUCGGAGGACGGCGUGAUUGACUUUCUGAGGGGCCAGCAGGCCAGGUGAGUCGGGGAGGCGGGCAGCUCAGUGUGGCUUUGGCAUUCCUGUGGGCAACUUUCACUGGGUGUAACUUCAGCAGCGCCAGUGUUGGAAAUGAAAUAAAAAAUGUUCACGUGA